AUGGAAGACCUCUUGGAAAACAUCCAAUGCUCCAGCGAGGACAUCACAGUUGUGUUCUCCACACCGUUGGCAUUUCAUGAAGCAAGACAGGAAUGGAGUGAUCUUGAUAACGCCUACAUUGUCGCUGCCCAUACAAAUUGUUCCGAAGAUAAUGGGCGGAUGACGUUUCAAAUCCGAGCCAUCGCCUUCGAAGAAGAAUGCAAUACCGUGAUCCUCCGGACAGAAAAGAUAACAUGGCAAGAAGCCUUCCACGACUUCCACGUGAAGUUUGGACACACCGAGGCAUAUCUACCUCGCAACCAGCCCCAACGCUUGAAUCGACGACAAGCCUCUGUAGAAACGACUCCGACAUCGACAUCCGCUCCGCUCGCCUUGACGGCAACAUCCCUAAUCCCUUCGGACGCCUCGACCGCAACAGCCACGGCCCUCUCAAUCAAUCUCACUCACGGUGUCCAAGAUACUUGGUUCCCAGACGCUGUGCACCCCACGGAUGCCCAGAUCCCGAUCAAAAUCGGCUGUAAAGAAUGCAGCACCAGCGGCACUCUGACCCUCGCGCAGGGCGAGUGGAGCGUCUUGUCUCCGGCGGACUGGUUCGGGGCCGAGAACCUGGCGGACAUUAUCUCGGCGGGAAAUGUGCAGCUGGGCAUCGAGGGGUUCGUCGCGCACGUGGAGAUCCAGAUCGAGCCCAGCUUAAAAGGGGACUUGAGUCUGCCCUUGUUCACGAUUCCCGUGUUCGGAUUCACGAUUCCGGAAUUCGGGUCCGGCGGGAUCCUUGUCGAGCCGACACUGUCGUUGAGCUGGGAAUUGUCUGGCGGGAUCGAAAUGUUCUACGGGUUUGAGCUGGAGAUCCCAAACCUCGUCGUCUAUCUUGAUUUCGCGGAUCCGACCUCAUCUAGCGUGACCGGGCUUGACGGCAUCUCCAUCACCGACGUCCCUUUCCAAGCCAACAUCUCCGACAUUGAUCUCUCCCUCAGUCUCUCUCUAACGCCACGAAUCACCCUCGGCAUCGAAAUGCUGGACGCGGUGUCGGCCGAAGUCGGUACAUCAUUUGACCUCCCGAAAGCCACCGUCGCCAUAACCCAGCUGGCCACAGAUUCCGUGAAUGCCAGCUGCGCACAGUCGAGCGACGCGCCGGCCUACCAGGCCGAUUUUGAACACCUGUUUCACAAUUUGACGCACGUCGCUAUGGGCGUUGAGUUAGGCGUGGGCUUCGACAUGAGCGCUGAAGUCGACCUGCUUCCCAAGCUCGACUUCUCCAGUUCCUGGGAGCUGGCAACCGUGCCGGUCGCCGCACUUCCAACGCGGUGUUUGGCGUUUCAAACCGAUGCGCCUUCUGGACCGGGCUUUACGCCCGCUGUGUCGGCGCUUGCAAAAGUGCAGGCUCAAGCUCUUGCUUCUGCGUCAUCUUCCGCUGCUGCUGCUGCUGCUGCUGCUUCCUCUGCCGCGGCUACGACGCAGAGUGGGUCGGGAGAGUCGAGCGGGCAGAAUGGGUCACCGACUUCCACCGAGAAUGCUGCGUCUGGUCCGAAGUAUACUCGUCUCGGCUCUCCAACGGAAAUUGUAUGCCUCUAUGCAUUUUUCAUUGUGGCUGGACUCUUCAUGAGUCUGUAA